AUGGCAGAACCAGGACCCCAAAAGCCGAUCACAUACAAAUACAACCACCAGACUUUCGACGCGCCACAGAACGCAGCUAAGCUCUGCGAAGCCAAGCGCAGCAUCAAAGCCGCAGCGUACUGGUCCAUCUUCGACGUGUUGCUCGUAAAAGGCGUUGUGAACCUCGUCUGCACCGUUUGCAACAAGUCCUAUAGCGCGAAGAACCCGUCAGCUGUCUGCCCGGAUCACUAUGCGAAGCACCAGAAGGACGUCGCCAGCGCGGUCGGAAGCGAGCAGUCCGGGGCGCCCACAACCAACAGCACGAAGUGCUCGCGCGCGGAGGAGGGGCCAGUUCGGACCUUCUUCCUCGCUGCAGUGCAAAUCGCCACCUUCCUGAAGCACCUGGCUCUUUUCUUCUUCAAGUGCAACAUCGCCCUCCAACUGAGGCCGGCAGAACAGAGCCCGACAGCUUUGCAUCCCAAUGCGGGCGUGUCCCGCAUGUUGGCAUGUGUACUUUGGUGGUUCCGUUUGCGGUUGGGCCGACGGUUGGGCCGCGGGGCGCCUAAUUACACCCCGUGGCGCCAUCCGACACGCGUCUGUAGAGCGCCCAUAGGGGUGGGCUACAGUCGUACAGUCGUGUACCCGCUACCACCCCACAUCCGUGCCUUCUGUCUCAAGCCCACCCUGCUGUACUUGUACGGCCUGGAAAUGGACGAGCUCCAGCGUGUGGCGGCCGAGAUCCGGUCCAUCCGCAAACCCAACCCGUACACGGGCAAUGGGGUGCAGUAUGUGGACGAGGUCGUGAAGCUCAAACAGCGUGCGCGUGCCAAGUAG